AUGUCUGCAGAGAAGCCAAAGAGGCUACAUGCAAAGCGCUCCUUCUUGGAGCCGCUGCGUGUGCCGCAGCGUCGAAGGUCCUCAAAAGAGGAGGGGGAGUCCCCGGCGAGUCCAGCCAAGUCGUCGGCACCGAAGAGUGCUAUUGAAUGGCUGAAGUUUGCCUCGCAUCUCCUCAUCGCCAGCAGCGGCAGCGGUGAGGCGGAGGAGCGCAUGCUGAAGGUGUGCGAGGAGACCGCAGCAAUGCUGUUAGAGGAGGAUGCCAAGAACUGCACCAGUGCCAAAUCCAAGGCGCCGAUGGCGACAGCGGCCAAGGCUUCAGGGUUCAGCCCUGAGGAGGGUGACGGCGCAGUUGAUGGAGCAGAAGGUAACGCGGUCGAGGACGGCAUCGGCGCCGGCACUUUCGCUGCCGUCGAAGAGGAGCCUCCGUCAGCUGAACGUCUGCAGGCCGCCUACUUACUCACGGCUGCCGCGGUGGCUGCAACAGAGGCGCACCGGCUUACCGCCGCAGAGUCAGCCGUUCGCUUGGCUCGCGCUGCAGUUGAGGCGUACCGGUGCCCGAUGACCGCCAGCACCCUGGCGAUGGCCUGUGUGCGAUGGGGGGCGACGAGCCGCGACGUCAACAGUCGCACCACGGCCUUUGAGACCGCGUUGGCCGUCAUCGAUGUAGCGAGCAAAGAGCUACUCGAGCGUGAGACGCUCCUUGAGGAGGAGAUUGGGUACAUGCUGCGCAUGGCAUGGAUGCUGGUGGGCAUAGGCGCCUCAGAUAACGCCCACCAGCAGCUAACGGUUGUGCUGAAGCACAACCCGAAGAGCUACAUGGGGCUCCUUCUUCUAACACUCCUGCACACUGUAGAAGGCGACUACGACAGCGCCAACAACUCUGUCACGCACCUGCUCGAUGCGUACCCACAAGACGUGGUCGGUAUUGUCGUCCACGCGGCGGUGCUGCAAAAGUGCAGGCUGCCAGAGUCCGCUGAUGGGCACGGCAAGGGUGCGGCGGCGGCGGCGGCGGAGCUGGCAAUUGCCAUGGCACGUAUCGCAGUGCUGAGCGACGAGGCCGCCAGCGCAGAGGAGGCGGGUCUCAAGAAGAAGUCGCUGAAAGGGCUGUGCACGCACUGCGCGCCUGACGAGGACGUGGAGGGGGGCCCGAAGCACUCCUCCGACGAGCUGAAGCGGCGCGUUGUGGGGCACUGGGCGCUGCUGGGUCACGUCGCCACGCGACUCGGAUGCACGACAGUGGCAGAGGUCGCCACAGAGGCGGGAACGGCUGCCAUUACACAAAGUAAGAUGCUCUGCCGGCGCUCUUUUGCCGACCUGCAGUGUAGCCAGGCGCGUCUCUCGCUGGCCCGUCUCAGGGAGCGCAUCGCGGCGCAGCACAUUCACCACGCCGGCGGCCUGUCUGUACCGCUGGUACGUGAUAUCAAUUUACUGGCCAUCCUGAACUUCGACACCGUCGCCUCUGCUGACCUGGCGCGUAUGGUUCCCGGCUUGCCACUGACCUCCAGCGCUACAGAGAGCAUAUGUGGCGCAUCGCUGGUUUCCCCUGACUCAGGGACACAGCAUUUGCUGCCGCCUAAGAUGUUCGAUGCUGUUGCAUCGACGCUGUUGGCGGCGGUGGAGGCAUACCCGAACCAUGGGGAGGGGCAUGUGCUGCUCGGCGUGACGCGCCUCCUGGAGGCUUCACAGCCUGGCCUGCCGUCUGACACUCGCCACAAUCGACUGCAGGAGGCUGGGCGGCACUUUGUGAAUUCCAUACAAGCCGACGCGGCAAUGCCAGAGGCGUACCUUGGCGCUGGCGUCGUGGCCGAGGCGCAAGGUGCCAUGGACGAGAGCUUUGACUUCUACACCUCCGCUGCCGAGGUGUCGGUGCACGCCCCGCUGAUCUCGUGGCAGUACUUCGACUAUCUCUACCAAUAA